GAGUAGAUCAAUUUGCGCCUCAUUCUCAUUCUAUCCAAGUCCACAUCACAUCAAGUUCUCAUACAAUAACAAGAACGAUGGAAUGACCACAAACCCAAUCCACCUCUACCGCUCCCUUCUCCGGGAAGCCACCUAUCUUCCCUUACCACAAUGCCGCACCUUUAUCAAAUCCCACAUCACCACCUCCUUCCGACGUUACCUACCCAAAUACUCUCAGAACAACCAUGAAGAACCCAAAUCUCGGUCCGGCAACUCCCUUACCUUUGACCGACGGACGAAACUCCUCCACCGAGGCCGCAAGUUUCUGUCGUCUCUCCGCCGCGCAAAUGAAGGCUACACGGCACACGUCGAGAAGGUCAUGCGGAUGACCUAUGGCCGUAUAGGACCUAGACGAUACGCCCUCCUCGAACCAUGGCUAUCAAUUCCAGUAUCUCGGGACGAUGCACAAGUCUCGGAUCAACCAUUCGGGUCCAAGUCGGACCCAAACAAUGGUACAGGUGCUGGGAUAGGCCCAGAGGGAAAAACGCCGUCUCGUCAGCAGACAAACCAAGGAAAGAAAAGCGAUAACAAGCCAGAAUCGACGACCCUCCCUGUCCUCUCACCCCGUCGCGAAGCCUACUUCUCCUCCCAACUUGCCAAGUACGACAUUUCACCCAACAUGCGAGCCUUGCUUGUUUCCCAGGCCGCCGAACAAUCCAAAUUCGACCGUUCAAAUCGUCCGUCCAACAAGGUCAAACCGAGCUUCAAGCCUUCCCCGCCCACAACCAUCUGGGGAACUCCCCUCCCCCCCAGCCGAGUCAAGAACCUCAAGCGAGAAUGGUACCGAGCCAACGUCGUCGGAGCUGCCCUCCCACCUUUGCCCGGGGAGGAAUACAAAACCCUCCACGACCUGGUGAGCGGCAAGACACCGUUCCCGGCCAUUCCACAACGCAGACUACGACGACCGCGAGCCCAGAGGUCCGAGGAACUCCAAAACGCAGAAGAGGCGGACAGACAAGCCGAGGUGAUCCUGGAGGGUCCCAAACCGGGAAUUCGAUUCAAGGAUUAUACCGACGGUCGUCCACACAAAAUGACCCCCCGUCUCCUCCGUCACCUCCUCUCGCGCUCCGUGCUCAAGCAGACCCCCUUCGUCAAACUCAACACCACCCCCACCGCCACCACCAGCGAACCUCACGGCAAGAAUCGUCCACAAAAUAAUAACCUUCUCGCUUUCCACUGGGACGAUGCCUUGACUCGCGAGCGAUAUGAAACCUCCAAGCUCACUAGCCCAAUAACGCAAAGCCAGAGUGAUUUAUUGUUUGCAUCAUGAGGGCUUGGAAAACUUACUAACUUCCAGUAUAAGCCAUAAUGACUUGGUCAAGGGGGCUUCUUGCUAUUGAGAACAUCUUGCGCCGUGCUCGUCGCUGAACCUCGACGGCUUGUGACCAUCAACCUAUCCCAAUAGCACAAAUAACGACAGAAAAUUUACACAAAUACGAUACAAUUGUUAUAGUCAGGAAAAAUAGGUUCUCA